CGAUUCGCUAAAUGAGCAGUGGGAGCAGCAAAUCGAGGAGUCUGGGAAUGGUGUUCCCGUUAGUGAAGCUAGGAUCCCUAGCCUUACGUACCAUCUGCAAACCCAUCGCUAAUCGCCUCAAAAAACAAGCUGGUAUCAACCCUGGCUUCCGUCAAUUCAUCAUCAACAUUGCCCAGGCGAAUCAUAGGUUUACCACAAAGUUACAAAGACGUGCUUCUGGUCGUGUAACUGAUGCGAUUAUUCGGCCUUUAAACGAAGAGAGAGCUGUUCAAGCUGCUGCUGAUCUUCUCGGAGAAAUCUUUGCCUUCACGGUUGCAGGGGCUGCUCUUGUCUACGAGGUGCAGAGAAACGCCAGAGGAGAAGCUAGAAAAGAAGAAAAGCGACAAGAAGAAUUACAGGAAUUCAGACUCAGACAUAAGAAGAUGGAGAAAGAGGUGGAAGAGAUGAACCAAAGGAUCUUCAUGAUUUCUGAAGCUCUUACUAAACAACAACUCGCUGAAGAAGCUCUUUCUAAACAGAGAGCUCUCGAGCUUUCUAAACAAAGAGAGCCUGCAAAAGAGGUUUCUAAACCAAGAGGACUCGCUUGGCUCUACAGCUUUGUUUAUUGUGGGAGUGCUCCUGAGAAGGAGAGUUGAAGAUACAAAACCCUUGGCUCUUCAGCUUUGCUUGUAAUAUAGUUUCUGCCUUUCUGAUAUAAUUAACCAGAUUAGUUUAUUGCUUAAGAAAUGUUCAGGGCUUCCAACGUCUAUCAUAAACCCAAAUUCUUCCUAAGGAUAUUCUUGAUUAUGACUUGGUCAAUCACUUUUUCACAUGAAGACCUUAAUAUAGGACCCAAUAUCAAGAUUGUUGUAUAUGGUUUCUUUUUCAAAUAUUAAA